AUGGAUAUAUCAUCAAAUGUAACUAUUGAUGAUUUAGUUAUUGACAAUGUGGCAUUAUAUGAAUCAAUUCGUAGAUCAUUUUCACGUGAUCCAUUUGAUCAUUAUAUUAAUGGUCUAUGUGGUUUAUUUAUUUGUCUACUUGGCACUAUUAGUAAUGCACUUAGUUUUUCUAUUUUAAUUCGACGAACAAUGCGUCUUUCAACUUAUGUGUAUUUAGCUGGACUUUGUUUAAGUGAUUUUACUGCUUGUCUAUUUCUUAUACCUGGUUAUAUAUUAGACGCAUAUCCAGUUGAAGUACCGGAUUUUGAAUUACCACGAACUUAUACUUAUACAAAAUUACUUAUUAUUGCCGGUGCCAUUAGUACAACAGCUCGCGCUCUUAGCGUUUGGCUUUGCGUAGCAUUUACGAUUGAUCGAUGGAUUAUGAUAUGUCGCCCAUUUGUUGGUCCACUUUAUUGUACAAUAAAAAAUGCACGACGUGUUAGUGUGAUUCUUUAUAUUGUCGCUGUUUUUUAUGCUGGUCCACUUAUGUUUGAAUAUCAAAUACAUCAAGAUAGAUCUUUAAUAGGAUUACAGCUUGUUGAUCAUAAUAAAGAAAUUUACAGAUAUAAAUUAAGUAAAUUAGGUAGUAAUUCGAUAUUCCGGUGGACUUAUGUUUUAAUCAAUGCAAUGGCUGUUUAUGUUAUUCCAAUAACAAUUAUUGUUAUACUUAAUAGAAAAUUACUUACAUCCAUACGUUUAUUAGAACAACGUUCAGCUGAAUUUAAUGCUCCAUUACCAACGAAACAGGGUGUAACAAUAAUGUUAUUAGCAACUACUGUAACAUUACUUGUAUUUCGUUCACCAUCAGCUAUAAUAUCUGUAAUGUGGUUAAUUAGUGCAAAAAUGUUUAUUAAUGAAAAACCUCCAUUUCCUUUACGAAAAUUCCAUUCAAUUGCUAAUCUUUGUGCAACAAUCAAUGCAGCAACAACAUUUAUAAUGUUUAUUGUUUAUGGUACAAAAUUUCGAUCAGAAUUUACACGUAAUUAUUGUUGUAUGUUUACUAAAAUGACUCAAAAAAAAUCAACAACUUUAAUUCGACAUGAACAACAACAAUUAAAAUUAAUAUCAAAUAAUAAAACGAAUGAAAAUGAUCAACAAAAUAAUGAUAUUAAAAAUAUAAGUCAUUUAGCAGUAUCUAGUAAUAAUAAUAAUAAAGGUAAAUUUUAUAAACGUUUAUCAAAACGUAAUAGUAGUAAUGCAACAUCAACAGGCACGACAUCAAUUGGAUCACUUUCACCAAAGAAAGAAUUACGAAAACAUCGAUUACCAUCUGAUCCAGAAUAUAAUUUAAUGAUGAAUAGUCUUAAUAAUAAUCGACAACAUGAAAUAGCAAUUCCAGAAGAUGAAUGUAAUGGUGAUCAAACCAAUUCAAAAUCCGUCUUAUUAACAGAAUCCUAUUUUGAUUGGUUUAAAAAUCUUCUUGGAUGUCGUUAA